UGUGUAGUGUCUCUACUGUUAACAUUCAGGUAAAUGUGUUACCAAUUUGUGUUAUUUGUUGUGCAUGACCGGAAGCCAAUAGCGUAACAGGUUAACCUGUGUCUCUCUUCCUUAUUUCUCUCUCUGAUAAAUACAUCUCCUUUAACAGUCAGCAUAUUCCUGUGGAUGAGGAAGGACACCAGUAUGCUGUUGUUUACUCCUUGUUGCAGACAGUCAGAACAUUACUCCAAGCUCGAGCUAAGACAACUCGCACAGGAGGCAUGGUAGCCGGGCGUCUGCCUAAUGAAUACAUGUAAAUGUGAGAAGACGUCGGAAUCAAUGAGAAGGGAUAUCAGCCGUAAUGCUAGCCGACAGUGGAUGCGCCUCACAUGCAAAUUCUGGUGACUCCGAUAGACCAGGCUGUGCACAUGGCUGUGGAGUGUGUUGGGCCACAAUGGAGCAGAUUUGGGAGGCAGAGGAGUGAGGCUGUCUUUGGCAGGUGACCCCGGGUGAUGCACACAAGUGGUGGUGCAGUCACCCCUGCCUGUUACCCAGUGGGAGCUGGAUGUCAGGUUUGUUGAAGGCUUGUACUCACAGCUUGAAUCCCUGUUGAUGAUCCUUCCCUUUGUGUGGAGCCCAGAUAACUCACUGUAUUUAUUGACUCGCUUUGACAUCUACACUCUACUUUCUUCCCUCAGAAGUGAACAGCUUUAAAGGGAUUUCCCUUUGGUUUCAGAUAUCUUCAAAGCUUUAAUUAAAAUACUUUAUAGUUAUAUGCAUCCUAAUCUUAUGCAGACACAUUUUCCUAUAUUGAUGGAGAGCUAGUCUUUAUGAACAACAAUAAAAUAACGAUAAAAUGGACACAUCGGAAAUACUAAAAUGGAGCCUGACUUACAUUUUUUAAAUCCAUAUACAGCAUUUCAUUAAACAAGUUCUUAGAUUCAACCUCUGCAAAUCACCCAUGAAGGGUAGGCCCCUUUGGCGUAAUCCAGAAUGUGUCCUUGUAUUCAAGUCAAAACAUCGCUGCUUUUAAAGAAACAAACAACAUAUUUUUACCAACAUUGAAAAUGAGUACAAAUAUACACAGAACAUGAUGCUAAAAUUGUCCUGCUAGAUUCACAGGGACCUGAAGGAGAGCGGAACUUUGCCAGGCUUCCAUUUGUUAAUAUUUAUUUUGGAUUCAACACCAUGUAGCCUGUCAUCCUCGCCAACAAACUGGUCACUCAAACACCCUGAAAACCAACACAAGCUCACUACAAGGGUGUUUUCCUAUCCCUCCUCCUGUUCAUGCUCGAUGGUGACUGUGAAAGCAUCCAUCCAAACUGCCAACUCAUUAAAUGUGCUGACUACACAGCGCUUCUCUCAGGCUCUGAGCAGGAACACGGUUCUUCUCUAUGAUUUUAACGUUAAAUGGUGCAACAAUACAAUGCUGGAUUUCAAUUUCACUCAGAGGUGGUUGAUUUCAGGAUGCAGUCCAGACAAGGAGUUGGAUGGUGUGAAUAUCUUGGAAUCAUCUUUGACAUUUGAGCAAAACACAGAAGCCUUAUCAAGAAAGCAAACCUGCAUCCACAUGCUUUCAAGAACUGAAUUCCAAAAACCCUUCUACAGUUCUUCAGCGAGUACAUUCCGUGUUUCUCCUUCACAUGUUGGUUGCCAUCACUCACUGUCAUAACCAGAAACCGUCUCCAUACCACAAUUAACACCUGUUCCUAAAACUGGAGUGCACAUUACGAAGCCUCAUUACUAGCUACCACUGCGUGUGCCUCGCAUGUUUUAAUGUUGUGAGACUAUGUGUGUCAUCACAGCGUUAAUUUGGCUCUCUGUUGAAAGAUGCUGUCACCUCAACAGCGCGCAAGAUUCACAGUCACGGAACUUAACAGGUUUGUAGUUCAGAUCAAAAUGUAGAGCCAGUGCAAAGGUGAGCAUGGCAGUGGUGCAUAAGUAAACGGAAAGGUAAUGAGGAAAGGACCUACAAUUUAUGCCAUGGCCUGAAUUGGUAUUGCGGGUGGCCUCUAGGUCUGUGAGCAGCAGGGACCAUGACAUCAUGUAGGAUAACACCCGUAAUCUCCACCCACAGAUCCAGAUGCCUUCUUUCGUGGUGUAGCCUACGCAGUUUCUCUAGAAAUGGGCACAGAGCUCUGUUCAUUCCAUAAGACCUCCGCUGGACUAAGGAUCUCAAGAACAAUAAUUAGCUCUAUCUGGAUCUGCCAUGUAGUCUUUUCCCCUACUUAUUAUUUCAUUUAUCAUUAUUCUUUUUAAUAACGACCUACUUACAUUUUAAAUAUAACUGUACUAUCAGCUCAACACUGUUCCAUACAGCUAUUUGCUUAUAAUUGUCUAUAAUUACUCAAGCCUAAAAUGGGUUCGCUUUCUUGGAUUUAUGACGUUUAUUGGAUAAGGUGAAUUGGAAGAGCCAGAUGACCGACAUGUAUUCAGUCCAGUCUAUGACACUGUCCUGCAGUGUGGGACAAGGGGUCAACAUUGCAUUUGUAUACACUUUCCCUCUAAACCAGUGUUUGCAUAUUUUCUUUAUUGUAAGAUCCCUCUUGUACUAAAAGGGUUUUAACAUUACCAGAUUGUUUGUUAUAUAAUUGUACGAUGAAGCUGUUUUUAAUUAGAUUCAUAACAAAUCAAUUGCUCACUUUGUGUAAAAGUUCUAAUGCUGGGAUUGAUCAUUCCACAACUCGUUAGCGACAAAGCCCUACAUUUGUGAAACACAAAGUGACAAGUUUAACAGCUUUUAGGGGAUGGCAGUGAAUCACUAAACUGUCCAGGCUGACUGUACGGCUGCAUCUUGUUGGUUUUCAAUGAGCUCGCUUCCUUUCUCCCCUUAUUAUCUCCUGUCUCCCACCGUGAAGUAAAUGGGAGGAGGUUAAAAAACGAAAGCACGUAAGUGAAGGACAGAGAGAGGAGACGUGAACAGAAUCAUGACACCAGUUUCCUUUGGUUGUCUCUUUCACAAACAUACAUUAUACUUCAUAAAGCAUUUUGAUCGUUUACAUUUCUUAAUAUUAUGUAUUAAACAGAAUUGCGUUGCUAGGCAACAGCAUGGGUCCAUUCUUACUUCCUGUCAGCUGAUGCAUUCGCUGACAUCAGCAAAUGGAACCUUCAGAUUGAUGACAUCAUCUUGGCCUUGAUGCUUUAGAAGUUUGCAGGUCUCAGCUGUGACGGUGAAUUCAUCAGAGCGUCAGAGCAUCAGUCAGAAGGCAGAAGGAACUGUUCCAGCUAAUGUCAGAUCAUUGCAGAAAUAGGUUUUGUAGCAAGCUAACAUUAGGUAGACUUGCACGUCUAUUUUAACGAGAUAAUCUAAGUGAACUCCAUUUUUGUGGCUUUAAUUCAGUUGAACAAUUAUAUUCAGUUUGCUUAACAACAGGUCAUUUCAUCACCGCAGUAGAGAUGGAGAUGAACAUUAGAGAUGAGAUGGAAGUCAAGCUCGAGAUUCUGCAAAAAGAAAAUCAGGAAAUCAAGUUGUUGCUGGAGCAGGAAAGGACUUUAAGGAAUAAGCUUCAGAUUGAAGGCGCUAAGAGGAAGGAAGCGAUGCUGAAAGCAUAUACAGAGAAUGCAGCUGAGCUAUCUGGGCAAAAUGUGAACGUGAAAGUCCAGGAAAUUGAGCACAACGUCUUGCGCGUCAACAAUGAGGACCUGAACAUGAAAUACGGAAUGCUCCAGAGGUCACACAAGAAGGUCGAAGCAGAGAUGGCUGCCUUGAGAAAGGCAAACCAGGAACUCAAACAACUGAAGGAGCAUUGUGUUGAGGAGAAGGUGGACAAGAAGGAAAAUGAGGUGAAGGUGGAACCAGGAGUGAGGCACAAUGUGAAAAUGAAUGCCCUGGAAAUUGAGCAGAAAGUUUUGCGCGGAAACUAUGACGAACUGAACAUGAAAUAUGAAAAGCUCCUCAAGAUGCACGAGAAGGACAAAGCAGAGAUGGCCACCUUGCAAAAGGCAAACCAGGAAUUCGAACAACAAAAGGAACGCUGUGUUGAGGAGAAGGAUGCAGAGAUAGCAGCCUUGCUGAAGGAAAACCAAACACUGAAACAAGAGAAGGAGCAUUGUGUGGAGAAGGAGGCGAAGGUGGACAAGAAGGAAAAUGAGGUGAAGGUGGAACCAGAAGUGAGGCACAAUGUUAAAAUGAAUGCCCUGAAAAUUGAGCAGAAAGUUUUGCGCGGAAACUAUGAGGAACUGAACAUGAAAUAUGAAAAGCUCCUCAAGAUGCAUCAGAAUGACAAAGCAGAGGAUCUCAAACAACUGGAAGAACCCUGUGUUGAGGAGAACGCUGUAGAGAUGGCUUCUUUGCGUGAGAGAAACCAGGAACUCCAACAACAGAAGGAGCGUUAUGUUGAAGAGAACGCUGUAGAGAUGGCUGCUUUGUGUGAGAGAAACCAGGAACUCCAUUUACAAAAGGAACGUUAUGUUGAAGAGAACGCUGUAGAGAUGGCUUCUUUGCGUGAGAGAAACCAGGAACUCCAACAACAGAAGGAGCGUUGUCUUGAGGAGAAAUCUGUAGAGAUUGCUGCUUUGCGGGAGAGAAACCAGGAACUCCAUUUACAAAAGGAACGUUAUGUUGAGGAGAAAUCUGUAGAGAUGGCUUCUUUGUGUGAGAGAAACCAGGAACUCCAUUUACAAAAGGAACGUUAUGUUGAGGAGAAAUCUGUAGAGAUAGCUGCUUUGCGGGAGAGAAACCAGGAACUCCAUUUACAAAAGGAACGUUAUGUUGAGGAGAAAUCUGUAGAGAUGGCUGCUUUGUGUGAGAGAUACCAGGAACUCCAUUUACAAAAGGAACGUUAUGUUGAGGAGAAAUCUGUAGAGAUAGCUGCUUUGUGUGAGAGAAACCAGGAACUCCAUUUACAAAAGGAACGUUAUGUUGAGGAGAAGGAUGCAGAGAUAGCUGCUUUGCUGAAGGAAAACCAAACACUGAAACAAGAGAAGGAGCAUUGUGUGGUGAAGGAGGCGAAGGUGGACAAGAAGGAAAAUGAGAUGAAGGUGGAACCAGAAGUGAGGCACAAUGUUAAAAUGAAUGCCCUGAAAAUUGAGCAGAAAGUUUUGCGCGGAAACUAUGAGGAACUGAACAUGAAAUAUGAAAAGCUCCUCAAGAUGCAUCAGAAUGACAAAGCAGAGGAUCUCAAACAACUGGAAGAACCCUGUGUUGAGGAGAAGGAUGCAGAGAUGGCUGCCUUGCAAAAGACAAACCAGGAACUCAAACAAGAGAAGUUGCGUUGUGUUGAGGUGAAAAAUGCAGAGAUAGUAGUUUUGCAUGAGAGAAACCACGAACUGGAAGAACAGAAGGAACGCUUUGUUGAGGAGAAGGAUUCAGAGAUAGUCACUUUGCAUGAGAGAAAUCACGAACUGGAACAACAGAAGGAACGUUUUGUUGAGGAGAAGGAUGCAGAGAUAGUCACUUUGCAUGAGAGAAACCACAAACUGGAAGAACAGAAGGAACGUUUUGUUGAGGAGAAGGAUGCAGAGAUAGUCACUUUGCAUGAGAGAAACCACAAACUGGAAGAACAGAAGGAACGCUUUGUUGAGGAGAAGGAUGCAGAGAUAGUCACUUUGCAUGAGAGAAACCACAAACUGGAAGAACAGAAGGAACGCUUUGUUGAGGAGAAAGAUGCAGAGAUAGUCACUUUGCAUGAGAGAAAUCACGAACUGGAACAACAGAAGGAACGCUUUGUUGAGGAGAAGGAUGCAGAGAUAGUCACUUUGCAUGAGAGAAACCACGAACUGGAAGAACAGAAGGAACGCUUUGUUGAGGAGAAGGAUGCAGAGAUAGUCACUUUGCAUGAGAGAAACCACAAACUGGAAGAACAGAAGGAACGCUUUUUUGAGGAGAAGGAUGCAGAGAUAGUCACUUUGCAUGAGAGAAACCACGAACUGGAAGAACAGAAGGAACGCUUUGUUGAGGAGAAGGAUGCAGAGAUAGUCACUUUGCAUGAGAGAAACCACGAACUGGAACAACAGAAGGAACGCUUUGUUGAGGAGAAGGAUGCAGAGAUAGUCACUUUGCAUGAGAGAAAUCACGAACUGGAACAACAGAAGGAACGCAUUUUUGUUGAGAAGGAUUCAGAGAUAAUGACUUUGCUUGAGAGAAUCCGUGAACUCCAACAAGUGAAAGAACGUUGUGUUCAGGAGAUAGCCGCCUUGAAAACACCACGGUGGAGAAGAUUCAUUAAUUUCCUUUCUUGUAUCGUCCCAGAUGUCCCCGACGACUACCAAGAAGGCAGCCUUGACAGUCAAACUUUAGAAAAUAUGAUAAACAACAACAGAUUUUAGUAAGACAUAAAAACAUUUCCAGAACAGACUAAAGCUCAAAAUGAGUGAGCAAUAACAUAUAAUAACAUUCAGUCAGGAUAUAUAUUUAAACAGUUAACAUUUAUUAGAUCAAUUUAUUAAACAUCAACAAAGGUUCCAGAAGAUACUUAAGCGGCUAGAGUAUCAUUAGUAUAGUAUAGUAGUAGUAGUAAUAGUAUAGUUUUUUUUAGGCUAGAGUCUAGCCUCUAGGGGCAAAACAAUUACCUUCAUUUUAAAAUUCCUUCGCUUCUAGCACUCCUAAAAAACAGGAAAAGGGUAGCUAAAUAAAGAUCUGGUUACAUUUAAAAGGUCACCCAGAACAUACUGUAGGCGAUUUCAAGCCAUUACAGUUAAAAAAAAACCCUGAUCCAUUACGCAUACAAAUAAAUCCAGUAGAGACUUAAGCGGCUAGAGUAUCGUUAGUAUAGUAUAGUAGUAGUAAUAGUAUAGUUUUUUUUAGGCUAGAGUCUAGCCUCUAGGGGCAAAACAAUUAUCUUCAUUUUAAAAUUCCUUCGCUUCUAGCACUCCUAAAAAACAGGAAAAGGGUAGCUAAAUAAAGAUCUGGUUAAAUUUAAAAGGUCACCCAGAACAUACUGUAGGCGAUUUCAAGCCAUUACAGUUAAAAAAAAACCCUGAUCCAUUACGCAUACAAAUAAAUCCAGUAGAGACUUAAGCGGCUAGAGUAUCGUUAGUAUAGUAUAGUAGUAGUAAUAGUAGUAGUAGUAGUAGUAGUAGUAAUAGUAUAGUUUUUUUUAGGCUAGAGUCUAGCCUCUAGGGGCAAAACAAUUACCUUCAUUUUAAAAUUCCUUCGCUUCUAGCACUCCUAAAAAACAGGAAAAGGGUAGCUAAAUAAAGAUCUGGUUAAAUUUAAAAGGUCACCCAGAACAUACUGUAGGCGAUUUCAAGCCAUUACAGUUAAAAAAAAAACCUGAUCCAUUACGCAUACAAAUAAAUCCAGUAGAGACUUAAGCGGCUAGGGGUGGCCCACCCGCGGCUCUCGAGCCGCAUGCGGCUCUUUGCCUAGUUUCAUGCGGCUCUUCAGUUCAUAUCGAAUUUUAUAUGUGUGAGUUUGGGGGAGAGACACUGACUCCUGACUAGUGUU